CCACGACCCGGAAUGGAGUACCGCGCGCGGUCCGACGAAGCGUGGUACCCCGCGCGCGUGUUGGUGCAGGACGGCUGGCUGCGCGUCAUGUUCGAGAAUUUCCUCGAGGAUGCGGACGAGUGGUACGAUCCAGUGGCUGACCUCGCAUCCCCGGGCGACGUGGACGCGCUCCGCGCCAGGUUCCGCCGGGAAAGCCCGGCCCUCCACGACGCCCGCUGCGGCGAUCUUCGCCCGGGCGACCGGCUCUGCCUCGCCUGCGAUAUCUACGGCGACGCCGACGAGCUCAAGUACUACGACGCCGUCCUUGAGACCGUGGAGAAGGCAGCGCACGGCACCGUGGACGGCGUGGAGCGGUGCGCGUGCCGUUUCACCGUGCGCUGGACGGAGGGGCCGCGCCGCGGUUGCUGGGACAAGGUGGGCGUCGAGGUGGUCUGCUGCGUGCAGGAGUCACCGAUCCAAGAUCCGGUGUUGACCGAGUUCUUGGACGAUGUGAGAAACAGGUUCGGCGAGGACCAAGAGGCGACGGCAGCGUCUCAGGAGGCAGCCCCGACACCAGCAGGCAGCCGACGAGUACUUUUUCCCUUGAAGACAGCAUCAGAACGUUUGGCCAGAAGAUCGUGAAGAGGAGAUAUGGUAUCUAAAUAUAGAAAGUAUCCAACGGAAACCCAGUUUCAGUGGAACGUAUGAAAACUGAAACUUGUGCCCUUGGAUCACAAAUCUUUGGUCCCGAUUAGUCACAUGUUUCUCGGAUUUUGCAACCUGCUUCUUGGUGGGCAUUGUGCACAAAACUCAUUUUUAUUUCUACCUAUACUGAAAUGAAUCCUUAGAAGUUGGCACUGCAUGUUUGGAGUUUUGGACCUAUACUCCAUGUCUUUGUUGUUUUCAUAUUUAAUUCCAGCAAAGUUUUUGUGUGUUGUUUU